AUGGUAAAUAAAAAAUGGACUACGGAAAGGAAUCAUUAUUCCCAACUUUCUAUAUAAAGGUCUCCAUUAUUUCUAAGUGGCUCAUCACAAUCAUAUAGUAGGUCAACAAACAAUUCAUCAUCAUCAUCAUCAUGAAGCACUUUCUGGUGAAAUCUGUGGUGGCGCGAGUUCUGGUCUCCGGCGGAUCCCAGAACUUUACCCGCCAUCUUGUGACAGCAUCAGCGGCGCCGGAGCUGAAACUCCGCCACCUCUAUGGCUACUGGCCGAGGAUGUCGUCGACCUUGGCGCCGUCUCCGGCUGAGAAGGAGCCGCAGCAGCAGGAGAAAACGGUAUCGGAGAAGAAGCAGGAGAACGGAAACGGCGCCGUUUCAAGCUACUGGGGGAUUUCUCGACCGAAGAUUAAAAGAGAGGACGGGACUGAGUGGCCUUGGAACUGUUUCGCGCCAUGGGACACUUACCAUGCAGAUUUGUCGAUCGAUAUAACAAAGCAUCAUGUGCCUACCACUUUCGGGGACAAACUUGCUUUCAAGACCGUGAAAUUCCUUAAUGUUCUCUCACAUCUGUAUUUUAAGGUUUCGAUACGGUGCCACGCUAUGAUGCUAGAAACGAUCGCGGGGGUGCCGGGGAUGGUGGGAGGGAUGAUGCUGCACCUGAAGUCACUGAGGAAGUUCCAGCACAGCGGAGGGUGGAUCAAGGCUCUGCUAGAAGAAGCAGAGAACGAGAGGAUGCACUUAAUGACAAUGGCGGAGCUGGUAAAGCCAAGCUGGCACGAGAGGCUACUGGUGAUUACAGCACAGGGAGUGUUCUUCAAUGCCUUCUUCCUGUUCUACGUGAUAUCCCCAAAAGUGGCUCACAGGUUCGUUGGGUACUUGGAGGAGGAAGCUGUGAAUUCUUAUACUGAGCAUUUGAUGGCCAUUGAAAGUGGGAAGGUGGAGAAUGUUCCUGCUCCUGCUAUUGCUAUUGAUUAUUGGAGGCUUCCUAAGGAUGCCACUCUUAAAGACGUUGUUACUGUUAUCCGUGCUGAUGAAGCUCACCAUCGUGAUGUCAAUCACUUUGCUUCUGAUAUACAAUAUCAAGGAAAGGAAUUGAGAGAGGCACCAGCUCCCCUUGGCUAUCAUUGAGUAUUUUUUUCCCCAAAUUACCCCUUUUAUUUUUUUUUUCACGUUAAUUAAAUGAUGUAUCAUGUGUAGAGUUGUUGGUUGUUGAUGAUUGAUUAUCAAUAACAAAUGUACCUUAAAUCUCUU